AUGAGGUGGGGGUGGGUGGAGGUGGUGGCAGUAAGCUGGUACCUUUGGUAGCAUCACUGCUCACAAAUAGAGAUGGCCAGUCAGUCCCAGGGCAUCCAGCAGCUGCUACAGGCUGAGAAGAGAGCGGCCGAGAAGGUGGCAGAUGCUCGAAAGAGGAAGGCUCGACGUCUGAAGCAGGCCAAGGAAGAGGCUCAGAUGGAGGUAGAGCAGUACCGUAGGGAACGAGAGCAGGAGUUCCAGAGCAAGCAGCAGGCGGCCAUGGGCUCCCAGGGGAACUUGUCAGCUGAGGUGGAGCAAGCAACUCGGCGCCAGGUACAGGGCAUGCAGAGCUCUCAGCAGCGCAAUCGUGAGCGUGUCCUGGCUCAACUCCUUGGCAUGGUCUGUGACAUCAGGCCCCAGAUCCAUCCCAACUACCGGAUUGCUGCAUAGGGACUCUGUACCAGUCACCUCCCCCCUGCCCUGAAACCUCACACCUUGUCCUCCAGCCAUAUCCCUUUUUUUCCAGCAGUCCCCUAGAAAUUCAAGGAGUCACCCUAUAAUUCUCCCAUAUAGAACCCUAAAUCUUUAGCUCCAUAAUGCCUGCCAGGACCUUUUAAGUUCCCAGAGAAUGAUGCCUCUUCCACACAGAAUCUGAAUCUACCCCUGAUGACCUUACAACCUUGACCUUGAUAGCUGGCCUCUAGACAUUUUAAAAGCUAUGUGCUCUUGGGCAAGUGACUUCACUUGUAUGAAAAAUGGAGACAACAAUUGCACUAACUUAUAAGGUUCUGGUGAGGAUUAAAUGAAAUAGCUUCUGUAAAGUGCUUUGCAAACCUAAAGUACUGAAAGCUAGCUAUCAGUUAUUAAUAAAAUGUCUCCCAGAUAGGUCAAAAUCUCUCCCCAAUUGAUUUCAUUUAAGUAGUCCUAGUAGCCUUCUGAUUCAAAUGACUAUCUUUCAAGUGUCUGGAUUUCUCCAAACAUCACUCCUAUGACCAGUGAUGAAACUAGCUGACCUCCAUCACCCCAUUAAUCUUAUUAUGGCUCCAAGAGUUUCUUUUUCCUCCUACUCUUUCCUUUUUUGUCUCUUCAUCAUCCCCUUUACUUCUCCAUUUUCUCUUCUUUUUCUCCUAUCCCUCAAAUUUCUUGGAAAGACCUGUUUGGCUCUUACUAUUGCCUGUCUUAGCUAUAGAGAAUCUUGUGUUCCAUGUAAUGCUAUUAACGGGAGUGUCCCCCAUCCUUUUUCCAUUUUCCUUCUCCCACACCUCAAUUUCCUGUUGUUCUAUUCAGCUGUAAAAUGAAACCAAUGUCAAUAAAAUAAGUUGUGAAAAACU